AGGAAGAGAAGCAAGCUAUUAUAUAAAAGUUUAGCUGAUCAUGACAGGUCUAAAUCCUGCCCUGAUCGUGGGAUGCCUCAUUGUGUACUCUUUUGGAACACCUAUCCAAGUGUCGAAUGAAAGGUCAGAGGUAUCCAACGUAUCAUCAAUCUGUCCUGGCAUGCAAGUAAUGUGUCACCAUGACCAAAAGUGCUGUCGUCAAAGAGACUCCUACGGUGGAUACGCAUGUUGCCCUCAUGUAAAUGGAGUUUGCUGUGGUGAAUACUCAAAGCACUGCUGCCCGCAUGAUCACACAUGUACUCAAUACGGGUGUCAUCAUGAAGAAAAUGGUAACACCUUAAGUAAUCCUCUGUCGCAUCCUUUUGUACGGCAGAUUAUGAAUUUAGUUCCUGCUGAACCGGAUAGGCCAAUAAUUAUUGCUGCACCACAGCAAAAGAAAUUAGAUCUCAUUAAGAAGCUAUCUGAAGAUUAUCCUAUUAAGGGUGGAGCAUUAUGCACUGGCAACAAGCCUUGUCCAAUUAUUGACAAUGAUGGUAAUACAGUUGCGUAUACGUGUUGUCCAUACUCCGAAAAGGCAACAUGUUGUGAAUCUUGGUGUUGUGACGAAGGAUUCCAAUGUGGACCUCCCCAAAAUCAGACUUGCAUCCCUGUCAAAGAAGGCGCCGCAGCAAUAUCUGCUGCAGCGCCCCAGAAAGAAGCACCACCACAUUACAGUGCUACAACACUGUAUACAUGCCCUCCUGGAUUAAACAAUACUUGUACUGACGAUCAGACCUGUUGUGUGACACCCGAAAAGCAUUUCAGUUGUGCUCCUUUUGCUAAUGCCACAUGCUGUCUUGAUGGUGUCCAUUCUUGCCCUCAGGGAUAUAAAUGUGAUAAAGAUACUAACGUUUGUAGUCCUGACAAUUCAACGAUGCAUGGCCUGGAAAGUAAAAACGAUGGGAAUUUAAUUGACUGUGACUCAAUGAUGCAAUGCUCCGACAACCAAACUUGCUGCAGUUUAACUGAUGGCACUUUUGGCUGUUGUCCCUUUAAAAAUGCCACUUGUUGUUCGGAUCACAUUCAUUGCUGCCCAGAAAAUUUAGAAUGUGAUCACAAAUCACACACUUGUAAAAGUCCUAAAAGUGACAGCAGCAACAUUUCCUUAGAAAAAGUUUCCACAGUAAGCCCUGCUGAUGUCCAAUGUAAAGACGGAUCUAAAUGUCCAGAUGGUAUGACUUGCUGCUCGAUAGGCAAAGAACAGUUUGGAUGCUGUCCUUUUCAAGAGGCUACAUGCUGCAGUGACAUGGUGCAUUGUUGCCCUAAAAGUACUGUUUGUAACACGGAAAGAGGAACAUGUGAUCCCUCUGGAGUUGAACAAAUUAUCAGCAAAACCGAGAAGCUGCAGGCUUCAACAGACCGGCCUGAUAUUGCAAACAUAGUGUGCGACGGAGAGAUGGAAUGCAGUAAUAACCAAACUUGCUGCAGGCUAACUGAUGGCUCGUUCGGUUGCUGUCCGUUUCCAAUAGCUGUUUGUUGCUCCGAUCAUGUGCACUGCUGUCCUCACGAGAUGUGGUGUGAUCACAAGACUAAAAGAUGCAAAAACCCUGGGAACUCUAUUCCAAUGGGAAAGAAACUACCAGCAUAUCCAAAGACUUCUCAGCCAGCCAGUUCAGUGCCUCUUGGAUUAAAAGUUCCAGCCACCAAACCAAGUUCAUUUAUCGACACUAUCCUGAAACCAAGUUCAUUUAUCGACACUAUCCUGAAACCAAGUUCAUUUAUCGACACAAUCCUGAAACCAAAGUCUAUACCGCUGGGUGUAAAGUUCCCUGCUACUAAGAAAGCUGCUGGUGCAACGAAUUCCAUACCCUUAGCAGUGAAGAUUCCUGCCAAGAUGCCUUCUUUAGUAAAAGUUAGCGAUUUAAGUGAAGUUUUGAAACCUGCCAAAACAUCACACAUACCCUCAAAAAGUGUUAAAUGUGAUGAUGGUUCCUCGUGUCCUACUGGUACAACGUGUUGUAAGCUAUCUUCUGGAGACUGGGGUUGUUGUCCUUAUCCUAAAGCUGUGUGUUGUGACGAUGGAGAGCACUGCUGUCCUCAAGGUUACACAUGUGACGUGAGCGGAGGAACAUGUGAUAGAGGUAACACCAAAUCUGAACUAACUGAACCAACAAUUGAGGCAAUUAAGUGUGAUGAUGGUUCCAUUUGUCCUAGUGGUAGCACAUGCUGUAAAGAAGCAUCUGGAGGUUGGGCUUGUUGUCCUCUACCCAAUGCUGUCUGCUGUACUGAUCUAGUUCACUGCUGUCCUAAUGGAUACAUUUGUGAUUUGACUAUUGGAAGUUGCAACAAAGCCAGUGGAAUUGAGAAUCUACUAACUGAGUUGUCAGUUGGAAAUGUUAAAUGUGAUGAUGGUUCAUCGUGUCCUACUGGUACAACGUGUUGUAAGCUAUCUUCUGGAGACUGGGGUUGUUGUCCUUAUCCUAAAGCUGUGUGUUGUGACGAUGGAGAGCACUGUUGUCCUCAAGGUUACACAUGUGACGUGAGUGCAGGAAAAUGUGACAGAGGUAACACACAAUCUGAACUUACUGAGUUGUCAGUUGGAAGUGUUAGUUGUGAUGAUGGUUCAUCGUGUCCUACUGGUACAACGUGUUGUAAGCUAUCUUCUGGAGACUGGGGUUGUUGUCCUUAUCCUAAAGCUGUGUGUUGUGACGAUGGAGAGCACUGCUGUCCUCAAGGUUACACAUGUGACGUGAGUGCAGGAACAUGUGACAGAGGUAACACACAAUCUGAACUAACUGAGUUGUCAGUUGGAAGUGUUAGUUGUGAUGAUGGUUCAUCGUGUCCUACUGGUACAACGUGUUGUAAGCUAUCUUCUGGAGACUGGAGUUGUUGUCCUUAUCCUGAAGCUGUGUGUUGUGACGAUGGAAAGCACUGCUGUCCUCAAGGCUACACAUGCGACUUGAGUGCAGGAACAUGUGACAGAGGUAACACACAAUCUGAACUAACUGAGUUGUCAGUUGGAAGUGUUAGUUGUGAUGAUGGUUCAUCGUGUCCUACUGGUACAACGUGUUGUAAGCUAUCUUCUGGAGACUGGGGUUGUUGUCCUUAUCCUAAAGCUGUGUGUUGUGACGAUGGAGAGCACUGCUGUCCUCAAGGUUACAAAUGUGACGUGAGUGCAGGAACAUGUAACAGAGGUAACACACAAUCUGAACUAACUGAGUUGUCAGUUGGAAGUGUUAAAUGUGAUGAUGGUUCAUCGUGUCCUACUGGUACAACGUGUUGUAAGCUAUCUUCUGGAGACUGGGGUUGUUGUCCUUAUCCUAAAGCUGUGUGUUGUGACGAUGGAGAGCACUGCUGUCCUCAAGGUUACACAUGUGACUUGAGUGCAGGAACAUGUGACAGAGGUAACACACAAUCUGAACUAACUGAGUUGUCAGUUGGAAGUGUUAGUUGUGAUGAUGGUUCAUCGUGUCCUACUGGUACAACGUGUUGUAAGCUAUCUUCUGGAGACUGGGGUUGUUGUCCUUAUCCUGAAGCUGUGUGUUGUGACGAUGGAAAGCACUGCUGUCCUCAAGGCUACACAUGUGACGUAAGUGCAGGAACAUGUGACAGAGGUAACACACAAUCUGAACUAACUGAGUUGUCAGUUGGAAGUGUUAGUUGUGAUGAUGGUUCAUCGUGUCCUACUGGUACAACUUGUUGUAAGCUAUCUUCUGGAGACUGGGGUUGUUGUCCUUAUCCUAAAGCUGUGUGUUGUGACGAUGGAGAGCACUGCUGUCCUCAAGGUUACACAUGUGACGUGAGCGCAGGAACAUGUAACAGAGGUAACACACAAUCUGAACUAACUGAGUUGUCAGUUGGAAUUGUUAGUUGUGAUGAUGGUUCAUAUUGUCCUACUGGUACAACGUGUUGUAAGCUAUCUUCUGGAGACUGGAGUUGUUGUCCUUAUCCUGAAGCUGUGUGUUGUGACGAUGGAAAGCACUGCUGUCCUCAAGGUUACACAUGUGACGUGAGUGCAGGAACAUGUGACAGAAGUAACACACAAUCUGAACUAACUGAGUUGUCAGUUGGAAGUAUUAAAUGUGAUGAUGGUUCAUCGUGUCCUACUGGUACAACGUGUUGUAAGCUAUCUUCUGGAGACUGGGGUUGUUGUCCUUAUCCUGAAGCUGUGUGUUGUAACGAUGGAGAGCACUGCUGUCCUCAAGGUUACACAUGUGACGUGAGUGCAGGAACAUGUGACAGAGCCAGUACAAACACAGAGCUCACAUCUGGGUGGUAUGAAGAAUGCGGCGACGGUACAGCCUGUCCAGGUGGUACAUCAUGCUGCAAGAUGACGGCCGGCUACUACGGUUGCUGUCCUUACCCUAACGCUGUUUGUUGUCAAGAUCAAAAACAUUGCUGUCCUAAUGGUCAUACAUGUGACUCCAGCUCUAAAAAGUGCUAUCACCACCAAUCAGAGGCCAAUAAUACCAUUCAAGCCGGCCAGGUGAUGGGUGAUAACACCCUCCAAGCCGGCCAGGUGAUGGGUGAUAACACCCUCCAAGCCGGCCAGGUGAUGGGUGAUAACACCCUCCAAGCCGGCCAGGUGAUGGGUGAUAACACCCUCCAAGCCGGCCAGGUGAUGGGUGAUAACACCCUUCAAGCCGGCCAGGUGAUGGGUGAUAACACCCUCCAAGCCGGCCAGGUGAUGGGUGAUAACACCCUACAAGCCGGCCAGGUGAUGGGUGAUAACACCCUACAAGCCGGCCAGGUGAUGGGUGAGAUUAGCCCUGCUCAACACAUUCCUUCAUCACGUGGUAUGAGUAAUAAAAGCAUUCCUGAGGAGGGUUCUGGGGAUGAUGGAAAGGGGUUCUGUAAGGACGGCAAGUGGUGUGGCGUUGAGAAAUGUUGUUAUGAUUCAGAUGGUAAAACUGUUGGCUGCUGCAAGUUCGUUAAAGGUGUGUGCUGUUCUAAUGGUAAAAACUGUUGUAAGGCGACUGAAAUAUGUACACAGCAAGGAAGCUGCAUUCCUUCCAACUCUUCUGGUAUCGGAGAGGACGAGGAAAGUGCUGAUUGCACCUCUUGUGCUGAAGGAGACACAUGCUGUAGCGGACAGUGCUGUCCUCAAUCUAACGGUGUGUGUUGUAAUGACGGUGUCUCCUGCUGUCCUCAUCAGUUCGAGUGUGAUCUGUCACGUGGGCGUUGUAUCCAGAGAACCACUGGCCGGUUCCAGCCAAUCAGCAAGCUAAGAAAACGGGAGAACGCACUUAGCUGUAAGACUCUGAAAGAUUGUGGCAACGGCAGUUUCUGUCCUAAAGAUUUGGAAUGUUUGAACCUGUUCAAACUUUGCUACAGUACUCGACGAGAGGUUCACCAAAAUAUGAUUGACGACUGCGAAUGAAUUCUUGUGGAGUGAUACGAAGAGUUUGAUGCUUUUUCAAUUAUCAGUCAGAGACACGAUCUUCGUAAUUGGCUGGUUUAUCUUUUAAGUCAAACUUUCAUUUUUCGGAGAAAGUUUUUAUUAGUUCAGAAUAAUAUCAAAUUCAACAUUUUUGAAUGUCUUGAAUCAGAUUUAAAACACAUUGGUUGUUUUCAGUUUAAUGUAAUGUUUUUGCGAUAGUAAUUUAUUCUUGACGAUUGAAAAGUCCAAAACUUUGAUCAAUUUUUACGUUUUCUAAUGGAUUUUAUUAUCAUUUUAUUUUUUAUGUAUUUGCAGUGCGAAUGGUUAAUUGAUUUAAUUAUUUAAA